AAAUGAACCGCCAACCGCCAACAAGACUCCUCACCACCUCCGCCCGCGUCCACCCGCCCUACCUCCCCUACCUGCACAACGCCUCCCGCGGCGGCGGAAAGGGCCUGAAAUGGCUCCCGCCCCUCGCAGCAGCCGUCACAGCAGGCUACGCCGUCUCGCGCUACCGCGACGCCCAGGGCCCACAGCAGCAGGGGGUAUUCGUACACUCACCCGCCUCCUCCUCCACCACCAGCACCACCACCAGCACCACGUCUGCCUCGGAAGAGCGGGCCGAGACUGGGCGGCGACGCCAGCAGGAGGCGGCGAUGGAGGACGCGUAUGGCGACCGCGGGAGCUUGGCCGAGCUGGAGAGGGCGCUGGCGGUUUAUGAGGCGCAGCGGCGGGGUUAGUGGAUGAUGGAUGGGCUAGCUCGGUUUUUCCGGCACUGGGCGGGCGGUUUUCGGUUGUUCUUUUUUGCAUAGCUUGCAUGGCUUGCAUGGCUUGCAUGGCGUUUUCGGGGGUGGGUGAUAUCCGGGGCAUUUCUUUUCGGGAUGGCGUUCGGCUAUGGUCUCGGGGCGCGGCAUCUGGGUUCGGGAUGGCACGGAAGGGCUUGGAUGGAUCUUCGAUGGAGCCGGGGCUGGUUUUGCAUGUGAAUGUGGAAUCGGUGAAGUCAUUUUCGGGGUUGGAGCUUGGUAAAAUGGGUCUUGUUUGGGAAGGUCGCAUCUCGUCUCCAGUUUUGCACUGCAAAUACGAUACAUCCCAUUUCCAUAUUUUGACUGCGGGCUUUGGAUUUGAGUUGAGCCGAGUGGCCGGAUCAAUUUCAAGUCGGGAGUUAACCCCUAUUGCACCUGGUUGAAGAACUCGGCGAAAAGCAUGUUCUGUAUCAGACUCAAAUAUGCUCACCGGAAA